AUGACUUGAGACCUGUUGGUUUUGACAAGCGACUGGAGGAUGGGCUUGAACUAGAGGGCCCGGUGUCAGGGCCAGUGGGUGUCAACCUCUUCUAUUUCUGCAUAAUUAUCUACCUCUAUGGGGACCUGGCAAUCUACGCAGCAGCUGUACCGGUCUCUCUCAUGCAAGUGACCUGCAGUGCCACUGGGAACCAUUCUUGCAGUGUUGGAGAUGGCACAAAGUAUAACGAUACAGACAAGUGCUGGGGACCAAUUCGACGGAUUGAUGCUUACAGACUGUAUCUGGCAGCAUUCACUCUCCUCCUGGGUCCUUUCACCUUCUUCAAUGUGCAGAAGACCAAGUAUCUUCAAAUCAUGACGUCCCUUAUGAGGUGGAUAGCUUUCAUCUUCAUGAUUAUUCUGGCCCUCAUCCGCAUCAGCAGAGGCCAAGCUGAAGGUCACCCGUCCAUGGCCCAGCUAUCGGGCAUCCGCAAUCUCUUUGGGGUGUGCGUCUACUCCUUCAUGUGCCAGCACUCCCUGCCAUCCCUCAUCACACCCAUCUCCAAGAAGAAGCAUGUCAACAAGCUCGUGCUGCUCGAUUACAUCCUGAUCCUGGCUUUCUACAGCCUCCUGUCCUUCACUGCCAUUUACUGCUUCCGCAAUGACACCCUCAUGGACAUGUACACGCUCAACUUCACCAACUGCGAGAUCAUCAACGUUGCCUUCAUCCGUUACUUCCUCGGCCUCUUCCCCGUCUUCACCAUCAGCACCAACUUCCCCAUCAUUGCCGUGACCCUGCGCAACAACUGGAAGACCCUUUUCCACAGAGAAGGGGGGACCUACCCGUGGGUGGUGGAUAGGAUUGUCUUUCCUGCCAUCACGCUGAUUCCCCCAGUGCUGGUGGCUUUUUGCACCCACGAUCUGGAGUCCUUGGUGGGGAUCACGGGAGCCUAUGCUGGGAAUGGGAUCCAGUAUCUCAUCCCGGCUUUCCUGGCGUACUGCAGCCGGAAGGACACUCAGCUGGUCUUUGGCAGCGGGACGGUUAACAAGCACCUCUCCCCUUUCCGGCACACCUUCUGGAUUGUGUUCGUGCUCAUAUGGGGCUUUUCUUGCUUUAUGUUUGUGACUGCAAAUAUUGUCCUGAGCGAGCCAAAACUCUGA